CCAUUACCACCACCGCUCUUUUGAUAUUCUUCUCUAAACCAUUGUACGACGCAUUCUUUGCACCGGCGCUCCCGGCUAAGGAGUUUCGAGGAUUUCGGAUUGGUCCCAAGUGAGAAGUGUUCAGUGCAUUGAAACGAGGAGGAUGGAAUCCGUGAAAAAAGCACACCAAAGACUUAGAAACUAUCCCAUCUUGCUGGCCAAGUGUUCAGUGGCCGCUGCUGCCUAUGCAACUUGCGUGACCACCGACCUAAAUGUGUCGCACAAGUCGUGCGAUCAGGAAUUCCGUCAGUUCCAACAGUGUUUGAAGAAGGCAGCUAGUGAUAUGAAAACGAAACUUUAAUCGAAGUAAAUUAGGCUAAUGAACUGAUACAAAUGUAGUGAAACAACUGUACUAACCAAUCCAACAACCAACUCUACUAACACUUUUCGUAUAGCUCAAUAAACAAAUGAAGCCAGUUAAAAAA